AUGGCGGCCCCAACCCCAAAUCCGGCGCACAAAGCCUGGGUUCAACAGGAUCAGUCGAUCCUUUCCCUUCUCAUCUCGUCAAUGUCUGACGAGGUUCUUCACCUGGCUGUUGGGCGCAACACGGCUGCAGAAGUAUGUACCCAAGCAAGAUGCCUGAGCUUGCUCGGGCAGUUUCAGUCCUUGCGGCAAGGAGGCACGCCGACAUCGGACUAUCUCGGCAAAGCCGAAUUACUUGUGGAAGCUCUCGCACAGGCUGGGCAACCCCUCUCCCUAUGCGAACAAAAUCUUUAUGUUCUACGGGGGUUGCGCCCGGAGUAUCGUGCCUAUGUCGCGUCCCUCACCGCCAAUACGCCGAUAUCUCUGCCGCAAUUGGCGGAUUAUUUACAGGCCGCGGACGUCAUUCUGGCCGAUGACUAUCUGCAGGUUGGUGAUGGCGUUCCAGCAGCGUCACACUCAGCCAUGUACGCAGGGCGUGGACGCGCUGGGCAAGGCAGCGUGCAGGGCAAUCACGGCGGUUCGGGCAGUGGCGGACGCCGUGGUCGCGGGGGCCGGAACAGCAACGGUGGACGCGGACGUGGUGGCCGGGGACCUCCACGUUGUCAGAUUUGUCGGGCAACGGGGCAUACCGCAAUUUACUGUUAUAAGCGGUAUACCACUCAACCCCCGGCGCAGGCAAAUGUAGCGGUUUCGGGCGAUGUACCUUCGAUUCCUGUACCACCGGCCGAUGCAUGGUAUCCCGAUACGGGUGCCACCGCGCAUGCCACACCGGAUGCCGGGAUGUUGACAAACUCGGAGGACUAUGAUGGUGCUGACACUCUCAGAGUUGGAAACGGGGCAGGUUUGGCGAUCUCACGAAUAGGCCAUACAUCUAUCCCAUCUAAAUCUAAACACUUAUUCCUGUCAAACGUGUUACAUGUUCCUACAUUAACUGUCCCGUUAUUAUCUGUACAAAAAUUCGCUAGUGAUAAUGCGGUUUAUUUUGAGUUCCAUAACAAUUAUUUCUUUGUGAAGGAUUCCAAAACCAAGGCCAUACUUCUUAAGGGGUCUACAGCUGGCGGUCUGUACAAGCUUCCUGUGUCACGGAGUCAGUUUGCUUUUGUCACUUCUCGUGCAACGCCCACAGUCUAG